AUGAGAGAUGACUUCGAACGCUUCCUGCGGCAGCGCAAGGCCAACAGCAGCAGCAGCAGCAGCAGCAGCAGCGCGAGUACCUGCUGCAGCCCAAGCAGGUGGAAGCAGCUGGCCGCCGCUUCCGUCAGUAAAGUAGCAGCAGCACCAGCAGCAGCAGCAGCAGCAGCAAAGAAUGACAGCUGCAGCGCCAGGACAAGUACCCACAAAAGAGCACCUGCAGCAGCAGCAGCAGCAGUAGCACAGCCUGCCCCUGCUGCCGCUGCUGCUGCUGCUGCUGCUCAUGGCGUCAUUUCUUGCAGACACGACGUCCUGAAUAAGGCUUUGCUGCUGCAGCCAGCAGCAGCAGCAGCAGCAGACUGUGGCUUGCUGUCAUCACCGCGAGGAGACUUGGAGGAGCCGCCGCAGCAACAGCAGCAAACACCGUCAAGCGGCAGCAGCAGCAGCAGCAGCAGCAGCAGCGAUGACUGGGUGUCCAUGCAGGUCUGGGCGUGGGGAGGAGCAUCAGCAGCUUCUCCUUACCAGUGGCUUCCUUCAGAUCCGCUGCUGCCAGCAGCAGCAGCUGCUGCAACAGCAGCAAGACCAGCAGCGGCAGCAGCAGCAGCAUCGCGGGGAAAGCAGGCGAGACGGGCCAGCUUUCUUCAAGACGAGGAGCCCUUGCUGCAGUGCCCCGAGCAGCAGCAGCAGCAGCAGCAGACUGGACAGCGCGUGGGCAACUUGCUGCAGCAAGAGCUAUACGACUUGCUGCAUCAGCAGCAAAAUCAGCAACAGCAGCAGCAGCAGCAGCAAGUUUGGGGCUUGCCCAGUGCAGCUGAGACGUUGCCCUUGCUGCUGCUUGAGCCACCGGCGUCUCAUUUUGCUGCUGCUAUUGCUCCCAGCAGCAGCAGCAGCAGCAGUUUGCUGCCAUGGGGCAGCAGCACACAGGAAGACUACCAGCUGCCUCUCUCUUUGCUGCCACCCGCAGAGACGGCCCAGCCGCUGCCGCAGCAGCUGCUGCAGAGGGCCCCCUAUGCUGCUGCAGUUGCUGCUGCUGCUGCUUCUAGCCACGCCAGCGCUGCCAGCAGCAGCAACAGCAGCCGCGACAGUUCUGCUCCUUCCUUCAUCAUAGACACUGCGCUGCAGCGGCAGCAGCAGCAGCAGGAAUUUGAAGAAUCGGACGCGAUUCAGCAGCAAUACGGAAUCCACGUCUACUCAGCCGCAGCAGCAGAAGCAACAGCAGCAGCAGCAGCAGCAGCAGCGUCAAAUCUGGUGGGCAAACAGCAGCUGCAGCAGCUGCAACAGCAGCAGCAGCAGCAGCAGCAGCGCCUCGUCGACCCGUGGCGGCGCCGUCGCUCGCUGCUAGCGUUUGCCUUCAACUUUGCUGCUGCAGCAGCAGACAUGAUGGCA